AUGGCCACUCCCGAUUGGAAAAAGACCCUUGGCUUCACAGAUCGAUUGUCUGCCAUUCAAUCGCUUACUACCGCUUACCAGCGAGCUUCUUCCUCUGCUGCGUUCGCUGAAGCUCAGUCUCAAGCGAAGCGCUUUGAGACCGAAGCUUACGAUCAAGCUGCAUCAAAGGAGGAAUAUGACAGGCUAUGUCAAGAUGCAAUUGACAAAGCAGAGUCUUCGGGAUCGGUUGCUCCCAUCAUCAGCAGCCCAGAUCAACCUCAGAACGACACCGACGAAGACCACUGGGAAGGGGGCCAAACCAUCGGCCCAUACCAAUCAUGUCUCCAUCACUUCGAUGGCCUUCAUUCCAUGAUCUACAAGUCCAAGAAUACCGACGGUAGCUUAGUGGCAGUCAAGGUCACUAUACCUCACAUGUUAACCCCACCACAUGAUGCUAAACGUGAGGUUCAACUUCUUCGUGAUGCGGCUAGUCCUCGCGUAGUGCCUUUGCUGGACACUUUCAGCCUAGACGAGGGGCGACUAAUCCUCGUGUUUCCUUUCAUGAGAUAUGAUCUGGAGCAACUACUUCGGCGAGAUGCGUUGACUGCGGCGCAGACCAAGUCUCAUCUGCGGGAUAUGUUCAGCGCAUUAGCACAUAUCCACAAGCUGGGAAUUAUACACCGAGAUAUCAAGCCUUCCAAUAUUCUGCUUGAUUCUCCUGAAGGACCGGCAUAUCUCGCAGACUUUGGGAUUACAUGGAAAGAAGGAAGCAAGGGAUCUGAGCCUGCGGAUCAAAAAAUCACAGAUGUUGGAACUACCUGUUACCGCCCCCCUGAGAUUCUAUUCGGCUUCAAGGCAUAUGGGACUGCUCUUGAUAUUUGGGCGGCCGGUUGUGUUGUUGCCGAAGCGGUGGCUGUUGGGCAUACGCAAUUAUUCGACUCGGGACCGGUGGGAAGCGACCUCUCACUCAUCCAGUCAAUAUUCACGACCCUGGGGACACCGGAUGAAAAGACAUGGCCUGAGACGCAGAGUCUACCAGACUGGGGGAAGGUAGAAUUCUACAAGUACCCUGCUAAACAAUGGGACGAAAUCCUCAGAGGGGCUUCUACCAAAGCCCGUAGCCUUGUCAGCGAACUGGUGCGCUAUGAGAGCGGUCAGCGGUUGUCCGCAGAAGAGGCCUUGAAACACCCUUAUUUCUCGAGUUCCUAAAUCUUCAAUAUCUUUCUUCGAACCCCUUAUUGAAGAGACGGCCACUGCGGCGAUCCUUCACAUGACGACACCACAGCAAAAUGCGAUCUACAUGGCUUUAUGGGCUUCUCUUGAGCGUUCGCAGGCUGCCCCAUUGGUGUGCCCACUAUAGAACUCGCUAGGCGUUUCAGCACCCCGAAAGACCGAAGUGCUGCAGACAUUGUAGCAAGGAGCUGCUAACGCCUGUCAGGCAUUAGCCUCGGCAGUAAGGCGAGGGAGUCCGGAGAUUUCUGAAGGCGGGAGUAUUAUUAUUAGUGUGGGCUGAUAUACAGACAGCUGGCUAGCGCGGAUUAUUAGGCCGGAACCGAACGGAGGAGCGCCGGUUAAAUUUUGGGAUCAUUCCAAACAAAGACUGACGGGGCACGAUUGUUCUGCUGGCUUGGGGUGUAAUCAGAUUACAGUGUAGACCUAAAAAAAAGGAAGGAAGGAAUAUGGAAG